UCGGUUACUAUUCUUUAGAAAAAAUGAACUUUUCAUUCAUUUGCUUCAUACUGUUCGGUGGCAGAAUUAUUUUGGCAAACUCGACGACAACUGCAUUCAAUGACGAUCUCUGUCUGAAUGGAUCACGUGACGAUUCGGGAAAGUGUGUUUGUAAUUCGGGCUAUUCGGAAUUUAGGGGAAAUUGCUUUCUCUCGAUCGUACCGGCUCUCAGUCAGCAAUCGCAUGUUCGGACGCGAUCUAACAACUUCUGUCCGCCUGGAUUCAACAUUUUAAAUGGUCGCUGCGUACCCGUGGUUUGUAUUGGAACUUUAUGUGGAAGUUCCUGUCCUCCUGGAUACAUACUAAGAGCAGGAUUUUGUGAGACGUCGAAUAUCCAGUGCCCUUAUGAUACGAAUUGUUUCUAUAAACCUCUGCCAGUGAAACCGGAAACCACGGCACCGAUUGAAAAGGUCGAGAUAGUGCCCCCGUUGCGGAUCGAUAUACCGGUACCGGAGUUCAUAGAUCCGCUUGAUCCGAAUGAAGUGAACGAAGCGUCGAAAGAAGUCGAGACGGAAUUCGUUCCGGAGCGGAAACCUUCCAACCAUACAGUUCCGGUGAAAAAUGUUGUCAACAAUGUAAAUACUGUGCAUUCGCCAUCGAACAUCACAACUCACAACGUGAACAACGUCUUCAUUCAUAUUACGCGUCGAAAGUCGAACGGUGCGAUCAAGGCCGUGGUGAUAAGAAACAACGAGACGACUGUCUAUGACGAGAAUCCACCACACGAGGAAGUCAACCGUAGUGAAGAAGUAAUUGACGAGUCCAUCGUAACGACGGAGCUGCCGAAACCAUGUUGCAUCGUUGUUUCACCGAGACUUUGUCGAAAGCAGGAACCGGAUGAAUGGGUUUGCUUCCACCGGAAACACUACCGAUGCGGAAGUUUCUGUACUGCUGAAGUGAUGUAUCUGAAACCUCGGAAACCGCAGCAACUGCGUGAUUCAGUGUUACUGAUGCCACCGGUCAUGGGCUAUUCCCCGUUGAUGCGUUAUGGUGUCUGCAGAUGGGGUAAAUGUCCGCCUGUUGAUUGUUCCGGAUGUCUGCAAGGAAGCUACCGGUGUCACAUCAAAUGCUACACUUAUGAUUGUGCGCCGCAAGACAACUGCAAUUUUAUUAAUCAAGAAGAUUUUUGUGGCGAUAAUGACGAUGAGAUUUGCACAGGUGUUGAUUAGUUUUGGUACGUUUUGUUGUGAGAAAGUCGAAAAAAAGUACAAAGAAUAAAAUUCA